AUGGAUUGCAACACCACCGUUGACCAGUCCGUCUCCAUCAACCAGUCUCUUCACGCCCACCAGUCCUUCGCCGUUGAUCAAACCAUCUCCAUAGAUCAACCUCAUACUCUUCCUCACAGCCGCCACAGCACCGAGAUGGCAAGCUCGCCAGCCAGUACUACCUCAAACGGUCUGACUCUGCUCAAGCUGCCCAUAGAGCUCCGUUGGACGAUUUGGGAGCUCCUCCUCCCUGAACCGAAGGUGCUGCUGGCCAAGAAGCGAGACAUAGCCACUGACGAGGACUGGGCAAGAGGCGUGACGUCACGACCGCAAUUCUACCUCGAGCCUUGCCCAGGCUGCGCUUCUCCCAGCCAUCCUCUGUUGGCAAAGAUCUGUCGUGAUUCGAGAGACUUCCUUUCUCUGCACGGUGGCUUCGCCUUUGGCAACCCGGGCGAGGGUGGCUUGUGGUGGAACAAGAAGAAAGACGUGCUCGUCAUUGAUCACACCUGGGAGCAUGAACCAUACACCUCCAUUUUCGACGAUAUGACCGGCCUCGAAAACAUCGGACACGUCGCCUUGGACGCGACUCAGGCUGCUGACAUGGCCUACGACGUCACGUACCACAAGGAAGAAGCCAACAACCCACGCGACGCGCGUCACCCUCUCGCCAUUGCCUUCAUGUUCAGAGGCUACUACAAGACAUUCGGUACAAUCGAGCAUUUCCUUCCAAGACUCUUCACCGGCCUCCAAACGCUCAGCGUCUACUUCUUCCAACUCAACGACCCAGGAUGCUGCGGGCAUGCCGGCCGUCACACCUAUGAGACGAAGACGGGAUGUCGCGCUCACCCUUGCAAGAUCAUCAGCGAGGGUUCAUGUGUCAACAAGGUUGACAUCGCAGUACAGGGAGUGGAAGGCAUGCGAGCUGCUGCGGCGACAAUGGAGCGACUCCGACAUCUCUGGUCCAGAGUCAACCGCUUGGCCCUAGAGAUUGAUUUUCACAUGGGUGGUAGAUUCGUCACUCGAUAUCCCUGGGUGUCUCAGCCGGGCAACGACUUCGGAAACGACCUACCCAUGGACGUGGGUCGCCGCACAAUCAGAUGCGAAGAAAUGAUGGAGGACUACUCUUUUGCGUUGUGA